CCUAUGAAAUUUUACUUCGCCGUUUUGUUUCCCAAAAACCUCAUUCAGAUCUCUCUCUCUCUCUCUGACUCUCUGAUCGCAUCUGUGCGCUAGGGUUUCUCAAAAUGUCAGGCGCUGCUUCCUUGGACAUGACCCUUGAAGAUCUGAUUAAGACCAACAAGAAAUCUGGCCGCGGCGGCGGCGGUAACUUUAGAGGCAGAGGCCGAGCCUCCUCCGGACCCGGCCCUGCUCGCCGCUUUCCCAACCGCGCUGCCAAUCGACCUUCACCCUACUUUAACCCCAAGGCAGCGGAUCAGGUGAUGGCGUACCCAGUACAAGCGGGUGGUCGACCCUCGUCGAUAGAAACGGGAACGAAGCUCUACGUAUCCAACCUAGACUACGGCGUUUCGAACGAUGACAUCAAGGAACUCUUUUCAGAGGUUGGUGACUUGAAACGAUAUUCAAUACAUUAUGAUAGGAGUGGGAGAUCAAAGGGAACGGCAGAAGUCGUCUUUUCACGACGACAGGAUGCUCAAGCAGCUGUCAAGAGGUACAACAACGUGCAGCUUGAUGGGAAGCCAAUGAAAAUUGAGGUUGUGGGGACAAAUAUUGGAGCUCCUGCCAUGCCUCCUCCAUUUGCAAAUGCUUCUUUCAGAAUUUCAAAUGGUGUUCCAGGAAGUGGACAAGGAAGGGGUGGUGCACUCGGGAGGAUCCGUGGGGUCGGCGGAGGCCGUGGAUUUGGAAGAGGCCGUGGACAGGGAAGAGGGCGUGGUGAGAAGAUAUCUGCAGAAGAUCUUGAUGCUGAGUUGGAGAAGUAUCACACAGAGGCAAUGCAGAUCAAUUGAUGAAAUACCUCAUGUUUAUUGCUUGGCUCUCUACACCCUCUGCUAUAUCAAUUGUGUGCUUGGUCAUGAAAGAACGCCAACUAGCUUGUGUAUUUCAAUCAUCCAACUUUUUAGAGUAACAAGGAAGAAAAGGCAUACUGGUAAACAGAUAACUGUUAGGACCUCGGUUGUUGGAGCUUGGGCUUUACUCUUUGAUUGUUCUGUUUAUCCGGGAAUGUUAUGCUAGUCAGCAUGCUGUUUUAUGCAUUCUGCAUUCCAACU